GGCUCGGCCCCCCUCCCCCUCCCCCUCCCCGUGGUUCUGGGCCGGGCGCGGCCGCCCGUUCCCUGCAACCCGCGCGCCAGGCCGGCUCCCGGCCCCUGGCUGUGCCGCCCGGCCGGACCCGGAGAGGUGCCGCGUGCGCUUGUGGCGGCGGCGGGCCGGGGGGCAAGCUCGGGGGAGGCCGAGGCGUCUCUGCCGGGCGGACGCCGUCCGCGGGCCCCAUGCGUGGGUGCUGGGGGCGAUGCUGGGGCGGUGAUUUGACAAAUUGUUUUGGGCAAGAGGAAUCUGACUCCCGGCUUCGCCGCGCGCCCCGGCCCCCCGGCCUGCCCCGAGCGGGAGCGGGGCUCCGGCUGCGGUGGCCCCCCCGGGCGGCAUCAGUGGGCCUGAAAUGGCCGCAGCGGCGUCCCGGUGACUCCAGCCAGGCUGAGUCAGUGGGAGCCGGAGGCGGCUCGUGCCGAGCCCAGCGUCCGGCCCGCUUCCUCCUCAGUCUGGCUGCAACCCGAGCCCUCCGGGCUGCUCGAGUCAGUGAUUUUGCAGCCGGGAUGUUCUUCCCCCUUCCCUCAACCUUGCGGAGGAGCGGGGACGCGCAGUCAUGCCCUGCAGCUACACAAACAAGGCUGGGAUUGAGAUGCCACCUGGGGAGGGCGGUUGCAUCAGCAGGUUUUGCAAGGUGUUGAGCAAAACAACCAUUGCCGCAGGAAAUGGGUUUCUUCACCCCAGAUUGCUUCACCGCUCCGCUCCUUCCCAGCAGCCCGGCAGGCUUGGCACGAGGUGCCAGGAACACUCCCCAGGGAUCCGGCCGUGGUGGCUGGCCCCUCGCCUGGGCCCUGGCCUCCCUCCUGCCCCAGGAGCUGCGGCUCGUCUGGUCUCUGCCGCGCUCCUGGCCCCAGGGCAGGCUGCGGCCGCUGGUCCCACGGGGUCUCGUGGGGCUGAAAGUCCCCUCAGGCCGCGCCGGGGGCUGGAAUUUCCUUGUUCCCAGUAAAAGUGCUAACAGCAGCAGGGCUGCUGGGGCUGCUGCCCCCAGUGUUUUUGCUUUCGACUCCAAUCCUGUGGCUUUGUUCCCAGAACCUGAGGCCUGGGGAGCCGCAGGCCAAGGCCACUGGAUUGUAGCUCGUCCUGGGGCUGCUGAUUCAUCAGCGGUGGUCAGCGCUCGGAGCAGGGAUCAGCACAUUACUGACAUGGGAGUGAAAAUCGCGAGGUGGCAGGGCAGCGUGGCCAGGCACAACCCCUGGGCAGGCGCCCGCUCCCUGCCCCAGUGACCCCGGUCAGCCGUGGCCUGGCCGUGCACCUGCCACACCGUGCGAGUCUGAGCUGUUGCCUCCAGCGUGCCCUGGUACCCAGGUGUGCGGCACCUGCCACAUGGCUCCUGGCAUCCCAGCACAGGGAGCUUUCCCAGCAGGACAGACCCCCGUUGCUCCCUUUCUGCCGCGGUUCCUUUACCUCCAGCUGCCCCGUCGGUGUCAUCUUUGCACUCGUUCCUCUGCACGUGGCGCGGGUUAGCAGGUGCCAUCAAGACUGUGGCAGCCACGGUGCUGUCUGCGCCCACUUUGGGUGCCUUCCUCCCCAUGUGCCACUCAAUCACUAGUCCCAGGUGAGGGCCCUGGCUUGGGCAGGAUGUCUCCCCCUCCUCUCAUAUCCAGUCCAGUUGGCAGCAGCCCCUGGGCCGUGCGCUGGCUCUGGGUCCGACCCUCACGUGGCCCCUGCUUUGCACACGUGGAAAUGGCAUGUGGAGUUGCAAGGCCCGAUUUGGGGCUGUGCCUGCUUCGCUGAGGGUCUGUGAGCGGCACCAGAGGAGCAGCACAGAGCCAGGCAGGGGUGCCCGGCUGGCGCCCAGUGGGCAGGUCGGGAGAGAAGGGCAGGUCUGCGGGGCUGGGGGCGGACGGGGCAAGGGUUCCCCCAACUGUGGCAGAAAGUUGGCAGUGAUGAGGCAGGGGGUUGGCAUGGGACCUGCACCAUGCAGGGAGUGCUGGCAGGGGCGGGGAAGGCAGCAGGCCCCUGUGCUGGGCCAUCUGCUCCUGAAAUGUCUUUGACCCCAGCCGGCUCACGCAGGCCUGGGAGCUGGUUUCCUGGGGUCGGGGGUGGCUGCGGGGUGCCCAGGGGCAGGCUGUGGAGCUCUGGCACUGGGCACCCCCAGAGAGACUUGCUGUUCAGGCUCUGGAGGCUGCAUGCUGAGCCGGUGGAGGGACUCCAGCCCCACAGGCACUAAGUGCUGGACAUAGGAAGCCACGGUGCCGGGCGCUGCAGCCUGGGGUGGUGGGGCCCAGGCACCACCGGCCCGGCUCAGUCUCUGCUGCUGGCGUGCCGCUGGGCUGCCCAGUGCUGUGUCCAGUCAGCCGGCUCCCAGACUGGCAUGACACCAUUCGGGUCUCAGCAGGCUGCCAGCAUGGGAACCACUUCCCGUGGCACCUGCGCCUGACGCUGCACUGUGUCACCAACACCAGACACUGACUCCAGUCACUGCUUCCCCUCUCCUGCACCCAUGCAUCCUGCUGCUGCGGCGUCCCCUUGCACGCAGCCCUGCCGCCCCAGCACUUUUGCUCUGCGUUCCCAGAGACCCUGGCACGUGCUGCUGAGCCAUCUGGGAAAGGGGGCAGCAGCCUGGGACUUUGCACUUGCCCCAUGAGUUGUGCCUCUUGUCUUGCCCCGCCUGAGCUUCCAUCCGGGGACCCCGGGGACUGCGUCCCUCCUGCCCCCGUGCAUCGACUCCCGCCACUGGGUCCCAGAUAGGCAGUUGCCCAAGCCAGGUUCCCAGGGGGUGACGGCACUGCGCGGGGGGGGCCAUCCCUGCUGCUGGCACGUUGGGCAGGAAGACCUCAGUAAGAGCCCGGGGGCAGCUGCUGCUGGCGAUGCAGUCUUCCUCUUUCGGCGCAGGAAGGGGCUGCGCUGGCUGUCUGGGAGCCCUGCCCGCGACGCCUGGCACGCUGAGGCACCGACUGGAAGCGCUUCCGGCUGAUGCCAGCCUGUGUCACGUCCGGGACCCUGGGCAACUGCCUGGGCUCGGGCCUUGCUCCCUGUGGCCAGGCCGGCUUGCCCCCAUGGUGCUGCAUGCACGCAGCUGCUCCGGGCCCCGCGCCCGGCUGCCCGCAGUUCUCCCCGUCCCUCUGCAGCGGCAGGGCCUGGCCUGCUGUGUGCCCCGCGACUGCUCUGUGGGCCAGCACGGGGUGGCCGGAGCCAGGGCUGGGCCUGGCCAGGAGGCAGCUGCACCCCUGGGUGCAGGAGGUCUCGGCCGCAGGUGGAAUUCCCCCACGGUGCCCUGCGGAUCCCAGCCCGCGCCAGACACGGGGGCGAGGUUUCGCCUGCUGCUCCUGGGGCCCUGUCCCAGUGCUUUCUCUGGAUCUGAGGAGUCACUGAAAAUCCCCAGGUGCUGAUGCCAGAGGAAGCUGCUCAGUGCAGCCGUGAGUCAGUGGGAGCGGCCAGCCCGGGGAAGGCGUGCAGGUCCCUCUGCUUCCCCUGAGCAGCCACGUGACCCUGCUGCAGCCAGACAGCCCCUCCUGCGUCCCCAGGGCCAGCCGGGCCGUGCAGGGGGGCGGCACGCCCAGGCCAGGAUGCCCUGGGUGCAGCCGGCCCUGCCUGUGCACGGUUCAUGCCUGGGCUGGUCCCGGCAGGUGCGCUGGAGCCUGGCCCCUUGAACUUCCGGGGGCCGGACAGGCCCCAACCAGUCUGCUGGGGAGUCCUGGGGGCGCCUGCUCCGCCAUCCUGCUCUGGACGGGGCGCGCACCAGGCCGACAGCCGCACGGCGCCGCGCCUGGGGCAGGUGGGGGUGGAGUGCCCGGCGCUGAGGGGCAGCCGCUGGGCUGUACGGCCGGGGCCCAGCCUACGCCUGCCUGGCGCGGAGCUGCCUUGUUUACAGGCGGUGCCAGGGGGGUUCCCCAUGUGGAAGCUUCCUGUGGGAAGGAUGAGCUGCUGCUCUUGCAGGGCUGCGGUGUGGCAUGAGGCAACAGCCCUGCCGGCAGCGCUAGGGCUCCAGCCCCACGGCGGGGUUGGGCCGGGCCAGCUACUUCUGCACCGCAUGUGCAGCUCCUGGCGCGCUGGCCUGGCAACCAUGUGUAGGGUGCCCCAGCCGUGUACCUGGACCGUCACUGUAAUGCCCAGGUGCUCGCUGCCCUGCGCCGUCCUCACCCCCCGGCCUGCGGGACUCGCUGCCACCAGGGCUCAGGGGCCAGCGGGUCUUGGGCACCAGGAGCGGCCAGAGCUGCCCCAGAGACGCUCCGAGCAGCGGGCGCAGGGGCAGAGUUAGCCCCCCUGCCGGGCACGCGGCACUGGCCAGGCCUGGGCCUGCUGUCCAAGGCUGCGGGGCUGUGGCAGGGGCUGACUGCUGAGCCCCCCUGGAGCUGGGGCUGCUGCCCAGUGGGCUCCCCCUUCCCCCCCUCCAGCCCUCCCGUUUCCUGUCCUGCUGCCCGGUUGCGCUCGCUCGUUCCCACAGUGUCUGCACUUCAGGGCGAGCAGGAAAUCAGUGGUCUGGAGGGUGGUUUUGCUGCUGGGGAGAAGGGGGGGCCUGAGCACAGCUGGCGGGGCAGGGGCACACCUGGGGCACAGCUGCCAGCGCAGGUCGGGCUGCAGCGGUGGGGAAGGCCCAGGGCAUGUGGGCCUGCUCCUGGCUCAGGCGGGUGCCCCGUGCUAACGCGGUGCCCGCAGCCCACCCUGCGCCCGCACUCUCCUCGCGGGGCUCAGCUCAUGCGCACGGUGCCUGCCGCGGCUGUGGGGACAGUGCCCCAGACUGAGGCGAGGGAGCUGGCAGCGCUGCGGGCUCAGGGCUGAGAUGCCUGCCAGGCACGAGGGUUUAAGGGCACUGAUGGCACCGACCUUUCCUCGGUGCCGGGCACGGCUGCCCACGGCGCUGGAGCUGGACCAGCGUGCUGCAGCGCCGCACACGGAGCUGGUGGCUCCGGCAGGUCUGGGGUCCCCUGCCCUGUGACAUCUCACCUAGCCGCUGCCCCAGGUGCAGGCCAGGCCCGGCUCCUCCCUCCCGCAUCCUCACACUUCCUGUGGGCAGCGGGAGGAAGCAAGCGGGCUCCAGAUUUAGUAAACAAGGUUUUGAAACAGCUGAGGUGCCGCGGCGACGGCCUGUGCCGUUUCGCCACCAGGGAGUGAGUAGCCGGCACAGCUGAGCGUGACUCACCCCCGCCCGAGCUAUAAGUAGGAGCCGGCAGCGCCAAGCCGCACAGAGCCCCAGGGCAGCAGCAUCGGCAGCGCAGAGACCGACCCGACCCGACCUGACCCGACUCCACCGCACCCUUGCCAUGGGGCUUGCACUGCUGGCCCCUCUCGCCACGGCUCUCCUGGCCCUCGGCUGCUGGGCUGGACCGCUGCCCGCCAAGCCCCAGGUCACCAUCACCUUCCCCGGGGAGCUGGUCAGCCAGAAGUCGAACAUGGAGCUGGCCAACGAAUACCUGUCCCGCUUCGGCUACCUCUCGGAGACGAAGAAGAGCGGGCGGCAGGAGUCCACCACCAAGGCGCUGCGGGCCAUGCAGAAGAAGCUGGGCCUGGAAGUGACGGGGGAGCUGGACCAGGCCACGCUGGAGGCCAUGCGGGCGCCACGCUGUGGCGUGCCUGAUGUCGGCUCCUUUCUUACCUUCGAGGGGAAUCUCAAGUGGGACCACACCGACCUCACAUACCGGGUGACGAACUAUUCCCCGGACCUGGACGCCUCGGUGAUCAACGACGCCUUCAAGCGUGCCUUCAAGGUGUGGAGCGCCGUGACCCCGCUGACCUUCACCCAAGUCUACAGUGGCGAGGCCGACAUCAUGAUCAUGUUCGGCUCCCAGGAGCACGGCGACGGGUACCCCUUUGACGGGAAGGACGGGCUCCUGGCCCACGCCUUCCCCCCGGGCCAGGGCAUCCAGGGAGACGCCCACUUCGACGACGACGAGUUCUGGACGCUGGGAGCGGGGCUAGUGGUGAACACCAGCUUCGGGAACGCCAACGGGGCCGCCUGCCACUUCCCCUUCGUCUUCGAGGGGAAGUCGUACUCGCACUGCACGGCGGAGGGGCGCUCCGACGGGCUGCCCUGGUGUUCCACCACCCCCAGCUUCGACCAAGACAAGCUCUACGGCUUCUGCCCCAGCGAGCUGCUCUACACCUACGGCGGGAACAGCGAUGGGGCCAAGUGUGUCUUCCCCUUCGUCUUCGAUGGCACGUCCUACAACACCUGCACCACGGAAGGGCGCUCCGACGGGUACCGCUGGUGUGCUACCACUGCCAACUUCGACCAGGACAAGAAAUACGGCUUCUGCCCCAAUAGAGACACGGCGGUGAUCGGCGGAAACUCCCAGGGGGAACCAUGCGCCUUCCCCUUCACCUUCCUGGGCCAGACGUACAGCUCCUGCACCAGCGAGGGCCGGGAGGACGGGCGGCUCUGGUGCGCCACCACCAGCAACUAUGACGUGGACCGCAAGUGGGGCUUGUGCCCAGACAGAGGGUACAGCAUCUUCCUGGUGGCAGCCCACGAGUUCGGGCACUCCCUGGGCCUGGACCACACGAGCGUCCGCGAGGCGCUGAUGUACCCCAUGUACAGCUACAUCGAGGACUUCCAGCUGCACCAGGACGACAUCGAAGGCAUCCAGUUCCUCUAUGGCCGGGGCUCUGGUCCCAAACCCACCCCGCCAGGGCCGGUGCCGCCCACCCAGACGCCGGACGUCCCUGACCAGACCACGCUGGCCACGACCACGGAGGACAGUGGCUUCCAGCCCACCGAGCCCAGCCCCGUGGACCCCGGUAGUGACGCCUGCCGCGUGCAGGCCUUCGACGCCAUCACCGAGAUCAAUGGCAUGAUGCACUUCUUCAAGAGCGGGAAAUACUGGAGGACCUCGCAGUCCCUGAAGGGCAAGAUCCAGGGGCCCUUCCCCAUCGCGGAGACUUGGCCGGCCCUGCCCGCCACCCUGGACGCUGCUUUCCAGGACUUGCUCACCAAGAAGAUUUUCUUCUUUGCGGGCCAGCGGUUCUGGGUGUACACGGGCAAGAGCGUGCUGGGCCCCCGUGGGCUGGAGAAGCUGGGCCUGGCACCGGCACCGGCGCGCCUCACCGGAGCCCUGCAGCGGGGCCGUGGCAAGGUGCUGCUCUUCAGCGGGGAGCACUUCUGGAGGCUGGACGUGAAGGUGCAGCGGGUGGACCGCGGGUACCCGCGCCAAACUGAGGAAACCUUUGGUGGCGUCCCUAUUGAUGUCCACAACGUCUUCCUGUACCGAGGCAAGUACCACUUCUGCCAGGACCGCUUCUGCUGGAGGAUGACACCACGCUACCAGGUGGACCGCGUGGGCUACCUGAAGUACGACGUCCUGCACUGCCCUGAGCAGUAGGCCCCCAGCCGCCCCUGCCCCUGCCCCUCACCGCGGGGAGGCAGAGGAGCUGGCUCCGGGUCCUUGCCCGUCACCCAGCCCCCGGCGGGGUGGGGAUGCAGGUCCCGGUGCUGCAGGCAGCUGCUCCAUGCGCUCCCCUGGCAGCGCCAGGGUCAUUCAGGCUGCGCCUCCCCGCUGGCGCAGCCCCCGCCCGCCUGCUCCAGCCCUGGGAGCCCCCGUGGGCGGGGAGCCGGACUCCAGCCGUUGCCCAGCGCUGGCGGGUCCCGCUGGCGCCCUGCCCUGCUGUGCAGGGUAUUUGCCUGGUGCAAAUUGCACGUAUCCUUGUAAACUAUUGUGCCCACCUGCUCCCGGAGCCGUCCCGGGAAGGCCCGUGCCUGGGACCUGGCUGCGACCUGGUGCCCGGCACUGGGCCAGGCCGCAGCCCGCAGCUUCGGUAGGUGCGUGGAGCGGGGGCUCCGUGUCGUGCUCCCGCCUGCUGCCGCCUCUGUCAUUUUUGUAUCUUGCACAGUUUUAAUAAACAGAAUCCUUUGGAAACA